GGAGACGCGCGGGCCACCGUGGACACCGGUAUAAAAUGGAAGAGGCAGAUUCUCACAAAACUCUAUGUAAAAGGAUUGGCGCGUGAGAGAAGAGAGGAGACGAACCAGACAUGAAUAGAGCUACUAAAACCCACAUGACCUCCCCCAUGUUUUUCCCUGGCAUGGGUAUGGCCCCUUUUUUCAAGGUGACUGUGUUUGAGCAGGAACACUUCCAGGGCAAGUGCCAGGAGUUUACCUCUGAGUGCUGUAACAUCCAUGACUGUGGUCUGGACAACAUCCGCUCUAUCAGAGUGGAGAGUGGAGCCUGGGUGGGCUUUGAGCACCAUGACUUCCAGGGCCAGCAGUUCAUCCUGGAGAGGGGAGAGUAUCCCCACUGGGACUCCUACAGCGGCUCCCUGUCCUACCACGUGGAGCGCCUCAUGUCCCUGCGCCCCAUCUACUGCGCUUCCCACCAGAACAGUCGUAUGCAGAUCUUUGAGAGAGAGAACUUCAUGGGCCGCAGUGCUGAGCUGUGUGAUGAUUAUCCCUCUCUGAGGGCCAUGGGCUGGUGCAUGCCCGAGGUCGGAUCCAUGCACGUGCAGUGUGGCGCCUUUGUGUGCUACCAGUUCCCUGGCUACAGGGGCCAGCAGUACAUCAUGGAGUGUGAGAGACACAGUGGAGACUACCAGCACUGGAAGAACUGGGGUUCCCACUGCCAGACCCCCCAGAUCCAGUCUAUCCGCCGUAUCCAGCACUAGGAGGGCACAGAGCGGACCGGACCCCUACCAGAGCCCCAGGCUUCGGCCUAGGCCUGGAUCUACCGGGGCCUUGUCACAGCACGACCACCACAAACCCAGUCAGUCAGAACCGUAACGCAGUUUCUACUCACACAUCCACAUCUCAACUCCGUCACUAAUUUCCUCAAAUACUCUGGUUGGUAAUACAACAGGGUGUUAUUACUACGAGAGGCGACUCGUAUAUCAGUGCCGUGACGUCAACAGCAGCGUGAGAUGAGUUAAGUCAUCACCGUAACACAUCAUGUUAUAGAGGACCGUUAUAGUGUAACAACGGUCAUAACACUCUAUCAGAUUAUAGUAUAUAUCACAGAUAUACAUCAGGGACUUUGGUUCACCAGCACCAAUAACAGCAAUAGACAAUAGUGGUGAGAGAGGAGGAGGAGGAGGAGGAAGAUCAUCACUGACCAAUAAACUCAUGCUCACCUCAAA